AUGACGGGUCAUGUGCUUGUAUUCCUCCUCUGUAUUCAUUUGUUCAAAGCACAGCAGCUUAUCACAAACUGCAAGAACGAACGAAGUGACCUCUGGAAACCUAACACCAAAGAUGGCUUGCCAAUCCGGAAAUUUAUCAAUAGCUUUACCUUCACAACAGCCCAACCUCAAAACAACAGGGAGGAACUAAAAUAUAAAUUGGACAUUAUUACGGGACGUGUGGCUGUAGUCCGUGGAGCAAAUGGAAUAUCUUGGACUCAAGCCGGAUCCCUCGUUCGAGAUGGCUGGCUUUACGAUGAUCCUAAUAAUGGUUAUACCUUGUAUGUGUACCCAGAUUUUCGGACGGGUAUUCUUGGCAAUUUUAACCUCAUUGGAGAGCUUAUCCAAGGUCAACCUGUCAAAAUCAUUCAAUACAGGUAUAACAUCAGAUCACUGUCUUCUUUGGAACGAGCCUUAUUUUUCUCCAGAUGUUCUUUGAACAUCCUCCAAAUAAAGAUCAGUCAACCGAAAGAGACAUCGCCCAAGUUCCGUUAUGAGAAAAUGACAUCCUUCUUCGCCGGAUCUCAGCCCACGGUCAUGGAUCCAAUGGAGCGGAUGAACGUUUAUAUCGGCAAUACAAACAUGGGCGAGGGCGUGUUUGCCAAAAAGGACCUUUUUCCGUUCCAACUGAUCUGCUACUACAGUGGGCUGUUCAUUUCUCACGAGGAUGCAAAAACAAUGUUCUCCAACAUGAGUUUGAACGAGCUCAAAACAAAUUCGCGUUACUUGGUCAACUACAAUAGCACUCACCUACUCGAUGUGCCUAGUGGAAAUCUGGCCCAAUUCCGAUCCAGUUUAGGGCACAAAGUAAACCACAGCUUUCGACCGAACAGUAGAUUUGUUCAUGCUCGCAGCCCAAGGUUUGGUAAUGUCACAGCCAUCGAAUCAUUGACUUUCAUCAAACGAGGCAGUGAGGUCUUGAUCUCAUACGGUUACCAGAACAUUUCGAAUCCAUUCCUCGAUUGGUAUAAGUAG